GGCUGCAUACGAUCGUGUGGGGACCAAGGACAGCAUAAUGAUUCGUGUCCCUGACCACACAGUCACUGCCCAUCUGUGUGACAUCACUGGGCCUUUGGCUAUCACAUCUGCAAAUCCAAGUGGUGAACCUGACAGCACACAUCAUGACAUGGUUAUUAAGCGCCUUGGACACAAGAUCCAAGGAGUACUGUGUGAUGGGCAGUCCAAUGAGCUGGUAGGCUCAACUGUGGUCAACUGCCUGAAAAUUGAUGAAGGUACCAUACAUUUCCUGCGAGAAGGUUGUGUCCCUGCAACAAAGGUGCAGCAAAUUUUUGAGAGGGUGAAAAACAGCAUGUUAUGA